GGGCGCGGCUGCGGGGUUCCUGGUGCUGAGGACGGACGCCAUUGGAGCCCCAGAGAAGCAUGGCUGAGGGAAGCUUCAGCGUGCAAUCGGAAAACUACAGUGUUGAAGACAUGGAUGAGGGUAGCGACGAAGUCCGGGAGGAAGAGAUGGUUGAAGGCAACGACUAUGAAGAAUUCGGUGCGUUUGGUGGCUACGGCACCCUCACCAGCUUUGACAUCCAUAUCCUCAGAGCCUUCGGAAGCUUGGGUCCAGGCCUUCGCAUCUUAUCGAAUGAGCCCUGGGAACUGGAAAACCCUGUGCUGGCCCAGACCCUGGUGGAGGCAUUGCAACUGGAUCCGGACACACUUGCCAAUGAGACCGCCGCCCGUGCUGGCAACGUAGCCCGCGCCGCCGCCUCCAACCGUGCGGCUCGGGCCGCUGCCGCCGCUGCCCGUACCGCCUUCACUCAGGUGGUCGCUAGCCACCGGGUGGCCACACCGCAGGUCUCAGGAGAGGAUACCCAGCCCACUACCUAUGCCGCCGAGGCUCAGGGGCCCACCCCUGAGCCACCCCGUGCUUCUCCGCAGACCUCCCAGAUGUUAGUCACCAGUGAGAUGGCUGCCCCCGGGGCCCCGGUAACCUCCACACAGUCCCAGACAGGCUCCCCGGCCCAGGAGGCUGCUACCGAGGGCCCUAGUAGGGCCUGUGCUUUCUCUCAGGCUCCGUGUGCCAGGGAGGUGGACACCACCCGGCCCAGCACAGCCUUCCUGGGUCAGAAUGAUGUCUUUGAUUUCACUCAGCCGGCGGGGGUCAGUGGCAUGGCCUUCCCCCGCCCCAAGAGACCUGCCCCAGCCCAAGAGGCUGCCACGGAGGGCCCCAGUGCUGCCUCCGGUGUGCCCCAGACUGGACCUGGCAGAGAGGUGGCAGCCACCCGGCCCAAGACCACCAAGUCAGGGAAGGCGCUGGCCAAGACUCGGUGGGUGGAGCCUCAGAACGUUGUGGCAGCAGCUGCUGCCAAGGCCAAGAUGGCCACGAGCAUCCCUGAGCCGGAGGGUGCAGCUGCUGCCACUGCUCAGCACAGUGCUGAGCCCUGGGCCAGGAUGGGAGGCAAGAGGACCAAGAAGUCCAAGCACCUGGAUGAUGAGUAUGAGAGCAGCGAGGAGGAGAGAGAGCCUCCUGCGGUCCCACCCACCUGGAGAGCAUCACAGCCCUCAUUGACGGUGCGGGCUCAGUUGGCCCCUCGGCGCCCGGUGGCCCCGAGGUCCCAGAUACCCUCAAGGCACGUACUGUGCCUGCCGCCCCGCAACGUGACGCUUCUGCAAGAGAGGGUAAGAAGCCCACCCUCCCCCAUCUCCCUCCUCUCCUCCCUUGUGGGCCAUGACUACAAGAAGAUCCCCAUCAAGCGCGCAGACAUGCUGAAGGAUGUCAUCAGAGAAUAUGAUGAACAUUUCCCUGAGAUCAUUGAACGAGCAACGUACACCCUGGAAAAGAAGUUUGGGAUCCACCUGAAGGAGAUCGACAAGGAAGAACACCUGUAUAUUCUUGUCUGCACACGGGACUCCUCAGCUCGCCUCCUUGGAAAAACCAAGGACACUCCCAGGCUGAGUCUCCUCUUGGUGAUUCUGGGCAUCAUCUUCAUGAAUGGCAACCGUGCCAGCGAGGCUGUCCUCUGGGAGGCACUACGCAAGAUGGGACUGCGCCCUGGGGUGAGGCACCCAUUCCUCGGCGAUCUGAGGAAGCUCAUCACAGAUGACUUUGUGAAGCAGAAGAACCUGGAGCUCAGAGAGGGGACGCCUCUGAGCAUGGCUCCCAGCUGGUACCUGGAAUACAAGAAGAUCCCUAACAGCAACCCACCUGAGUAUGAAUUCCUCUGGGGCCUGCGAGCCCGCCAUGAGACCAGCAAGAUGAGGGUCCUGAGAUUCAUCGCCCAGAAUCAGAACCGAGACCCCCGGGAAUGGAAGGCUCAUUUCUUGGAGGCUGUGGAUGAUGCUUUCAAGACAAUGGAUGUGGAUAUGGCCGAGGAACAUGCCAGGGCCCAGAUGAGGGCCCAGAUGAAUAUCGGAGACGAAGCUCUGAUUGGACGGUGGAGCUGGGAUGACAUACAAGUCGAGCUCCUGACCUGGGAUGAGGACGGAGAUUUUGGCGACGCCUGGGCCAGGAUCCCCUUUGCUUUCUGGGCCAGAUACCAUCAGUACAUUCUGAAUAGCAACCGUGCCAACAGGAGGGCCACGUGGAGAGCUGGUGUCAGCAGUGGCACCAAUGGAGGGGCCAGCACCAGCGUCCUAGAUGGCCCUAGCACCAGCUCCACCAUCCGGACCAGAAAUGCCGCCAGAGCUGGCGCCAGCUUCUUCUCCUGGAUCCAGCACCGUUGACGAACUGCAGCGAUCUUACUGGCCAAGCCAGAGUGCCUCCUCUCAGAUUCCUUCUCGACACAGCACCCUAGGCAGCUUCUUCCUGUCAGUCAGAGGUGGCAUGCAAGAUGAAGCUCUCUUUGCUCUUCCUGCUUUCAUUUUGUGCUUUUCCUUGCGCUUUCAUGUUUUGGGUAUCAGUGUUACAUUAAAGUUGCAAAAUUAA